GUUUUUUUCAACACGUACCCAGUUCAUGCCAAGUUCCCUUGAUGUUAUAAAUCUGACCUGCAUGCUCUCUUCAACUGUGCACCAAACGGUCUUUUAAGGAACACUUAACUUGGAUUAGAUACAGAUACUUCAGAAUUUGGGUCUUUUGGUGGCGUCACGAUGACCACGAUCACCUUUACUCUGCUGUUUACUCAAGUGUUGUGUGUAUUUGGGGGCAAAAUCCUAGUUUUCCCAUUGGAUGGAAGCCACUGGGUAAACAUGAGAGGAAUCAUAGAGGUACUCCAUGCCAAAGGCCACCAGAUCACCGUAGUGCGGGCGCCUGACAGCUGGUACAUCGCAGAAAAGUCUCCUUUCUACACGUCUGUCAACCUUCCUGGUCAAGAUGAGUUUAAGCAUCAUUUUGAAGUCUUUGUUUCUCAACACCUGCAAAUGAAACUUCAGGGGAACCCUGAGUCUCUUCUCCACUUUUGGAACAAUUUUCAGCAGGACCUGAUGGUGAUAAAUCAGCUCUCUGUUUUCCACGCAAAGCAUUGUGACGCAAUAGUUCAGAUGUUUGAAAAUGAAACCUUGAUGCAGUACUUUCACGGUGCCAAAUAUGACACUGUGUUGACCGAUCCUGGCAUAGGUGGAGGCACAAUGCUUGCACGUCGUCUCCAAGUUCCACUUAUUUACAAUGUCAGGUGGCACCUUCAAGGUGAAGCUCACUCCCUUAUCGCUCCGUCCCCUCUGGCGUACACUCCUUUCAUUGCAACACUGUUCACCGAUAAGAUGACCUUUAUUCAAAGAGUCUAUAAUGUUUUGGCCUACACGUUGGGUACUUUGACAAUCUCACACAUAACGGAGCAUUACUACAAAUCAGUUGUCAAGCGAUACUUUGGUGCUGACGCAGAUUACUCAACGUUCUUUUUGGAUGCUGAUAUAUGGCUUGUGAGAAAUGAUUUUGUCUUUGAAUUUCCACGACCCACAAUGCCGAAUGUCAUCUACAUGGGAGGGUUUCAGUGCAAGCCACCGGAACAGCUCUCUGCCGACCUGGAGGAGUUUGUUCAGAGCUCUGGGGAUCACGGGAUUGUGGUGAUGACUUUAGGAACUUUAGUUGGAAGCCUUCCUCGAGUUCUUGUUGAAGAAAUUGCCGCAGCAUUUUCCCAGCUGCCACAGAAGGUUAUAUGGAGGUAUUUGGGAGAAAAGCCUGCCAACCUGGGCAACAACACUUUACUGGUCAAGUGGCUACCUCAGAACAACCUCUUGGGACAUCCUAAAACAAGAGUCUUUGUCUCUCAUGGAGGCACCAACAGCGUGCAAGAAGCAAUUUAUCACGGAGUUCCGAUUGUUGGACUUCCAUUAUUUUUUGAUCAACCCGCCAAUCUUAACAGAAUUCGAGCAAAAGGGGGAGCAGUGAAUGUGGACAUCGCCACACUCGACAGGCGCGUCUUUGGAGCUGCACUGAUGACGGUUCUUCACAAUUCAUCUUACAGGGAAAACAUGCAGAGACUCUCGAGGCUACACAGGGAUCAGCCUAUCAAACCAAUGGACCAGGCAGUCUUUUGGAUAGAAUACGUGAUAAGACAUAAAGGAGCUGUGCAUCUGAAGGCAAAAUCCAUCCAAAUGUCCUGGCUUGUGUACCACUCGCUUGACAUUGUUGCAGCCUUGCUAUUGGCUGUUUUGCUUGGAAUAUCAACCUCCUUUUUUGUUUUGAAAUCCAUACAGAGAGUAUUGUUUGGUGGGAAAAAGACUAAACAAGAAUAAAAUGUAUUUACUGCU